AUGGAAUCGGAAAUAAAUGUACCUGAAGAAACAGUUUCAAUAGUCUUCGAGGCUGUUAGCCUAGAAAGCUCUGAAGAUCCACCCAUGGAAGAAUGGUCUUCACUUGAAAUGGUGUACGAAGAGAAAAACCCUAAAAGAGUUCUCGAGGAAGAAGGCUUAUAUGAUCCAGGAACACCAGAGAUCUGUGCAAAAUACAUCACACAAUCGUCCAGCUCUAUUAGGAGACACGUUUAUUAUCUCUACCCGGGUAUUGUCGAUCCUGGUAUAUUAUCAGCCCUGUUAAGCCCCGAAGAUAAACCCACUUAUGAUGAUGACGGCCAAGAUCUUUACUUAGCCGUUUGUAAAGAAAUGAACCAAUGCGUUGUAAAAUGUUUUCAUAGAGGAUUAUUGAACAAAGACAUUAACUUAAGCUACUACGGUAUUAAUCCCAAUGGAGUCAGACCCAUGGCUAUGGCUCUGAAAUAUAAUAGAAUAGUCCAGAAAAUCAAUUUCACUGACAAUUUUAUCUACAACGAUGCGUGCUUUCACUUGGGUGAAAUGCUUGCGACGAACACGCAAUUAUCAGAGCUCAACCUUACUGGCUGCCGAAUUGGACCCUUAGGUGUUCGAUACUUGUUAAAAAAUAUGAUUAAGAAUACGACUCUUAAAGUUCUUAACUUGAGUAGAAAUGAAAUAGGCGAUGAUGGUAUGGUGCACUUCGCUAACGCAGUGUUUAAAGGUCUUAACGUAAAGGAUGUCAAUUUGAGCCAUAAUAAUAUUAGCGGACAUGGAGUGGAAUCGUUGGUUGAGCCAUUUCAAACGUACAACAAAAUAACUCAUUGGGAUCUAUCGUGGAACAAUCUCUAUUCACCUGGUACCUCCGCUUUUCUUAAUGCAAUAUCGGAAACCACCCAAACACUAAAGUGUAUGAACUUGUCGUGGAAUGGUCUCUCACCUCGAGUUGGCUGGGGCUUGAAAAGAUUACUUACGGUAAGGGAUAUUCGAAACGUAGAUUUAAGCCACAACUUACUACAAGCCGAAGGUAUCAAAGACCUUUGUGCCAGUUUAUCGUCGGCGAAGAAACUGGUGUCCUUGAAUCUGGGAUAUAAUCCCAUGACCCCUGCAGACGCCUGUUUAGUUCUCAAGAAGUUGAAGCUAAAGAAAGUGAAAGUCUCUAACGUAAAUAUGGACAAUGUUAAUGUAAACCGAAUUUUUUUACUAUUACUAAACGAAGUUAAGCAAAUUAAGCCCGAUAUAAAUUUGACGUUUGGCCACAUCGUAGGUACCUUUAAAGGCGUAGGACCGGACUAUAGACAAGUUCUUUUCAAGCGAUUAGACUACUUGUGCAACAAGCCAAAGAAAAAGAAAGUAGAUAUUGCAUUAGUACUGUUGCAACUACAGAAAGAUAAAAUUAAUGCUAUGGUGACUAAAGAGUUCUUUAAUAUGCUAUACCGUGCUGGUGCACCAGUAGAUCAGGAUCUUAUCGAAGAAAUCAGCAAUAAGUUCCCUGGUCCUAAAGCCGGUAAAGGAGACAAAACUGUAAAUAUUAAUGCUCUGGUUGAAUAUUCAAAUCGGAUGUUUCCUGAGAGAACGUUACCUCCGACGCUUCCCACAGCUCAGGUAUUACCGCCACUGCCACCAAAACAGAAAGGAAAAGCCAAAAAAUAA